AUGGGCCCUGCGGAGCCGGAGAAGAUGGUGGCGAGCUCGGGUGACAAAGGGGAGCGAAUCCUUCCAAAAGCACCCGAGAAGGGCCGGACAUGGACAAAUGUGGUAAAGGGCUCGUUGAGGAUGCCGACAUGGACCAAUCACCAAAUCACGACGGCGGAGCUGGAUGCCCUGAAACGGCGCUUCACGGAUGUGGUGGAGAUCUCACCAGAGAAGAUGGAGGUGGCCAGGGCGGCGUGGCAUAAUACCACGGUGAUCAUGCGUAGCCUGGGUCGUCGCAUGCCAAUGGAAUGGAUUAGUCGGAAGUUGCGGGUGGUCGGAAAACUCGACUAUGAUGUCGAGGAGUUCAUGAUGGCGGACGAGACCUUUGCGUUUCAUUUUCGGUGUGAGAAGGAUCGGGAGGCGGCCAUGGAAGGUGGACCCUGGCUGGUGGCUGGUCAGCUCCUGGCUAUGGAGCGCUGGCGGCCAAACUUCGUUCCAGGGACCAAUCAGUUGUGCCGGAUGAUAGUUUGGCUUUGGUUGCCAAGUUUACCGAUAGAGUACUGGACGAAGGAGAUGAUCCGGGGUAUCGCAGUGAAGGCCGGACGACCUUUGGCGCUGGACAAGGUCACCGACCAGGGCUGA